CCGCUUGUGGAUGGAAAGAAAGAACUCGGCAAAGCAACAUCUCACCGGCACGGCACGGUAMGGUAGGUUGUCACGAUCCUUCCUGCCUUGGAUCMUCGCUUCGUUCCACUCGGGUUUGUUCCGCUUCCACKGCAGCCGUUGGGCAGUAGCGCACAACACGGACGCACAGGCUCGAAUCGGCGCCACACAACAUUACAUUACACAACACAACACAACACAACACACACGCCAUGUCCCCCGGCGAAAACAAAYCUCCCCACGCCGCAACAGMAACAGCAACAGCUACCACCGGGMUCGAUCCGGGCCUCCUGGAGGGACUGACCGAGGCCCAGAAACAAGAGGCCCUGGCUGCGGCUUCCGCCGCAAAGCGGGCGGAGGAACGCGCCGAGCGGCGGGCCCUGGAGAGGGCGAUCGAGCGGCGGCGGCUGGAGCGCCUGGGGGAGGCGUCCGGAGGCAGCAACAGCAGCAGCAACAGCAAUAAGAACAAGAACAAGAACAACGGAGCAGCUCCGGCGCCAAACCCGAAACCCCACGGGGGAACCGCCGGCACCGGCCCCCUCGCGGGCCGCGUGCGGUUCGUUUCCAARCGGCAGCGGGCCGCGCAAAAGGAAGCGGGCGAGAGGCCUCCCAAGCAGUCCAGGAACCCGGGGCCACCCCAACCRGCAAGCAGCGGCAGCAAUCGAAAGAACARCAACAACAACAACAACAACAACAAUAGCGGCGGCGGCGGCGUCUCCUGGACGGACCGGGACCGGCGGGCCGUCCGCGACACCUACCUGGGGGGAUCCAAGGCGGUGAACAUGACCCACGAGGAAUUCGACGAGCAGAGGAGGCUCCUGAAAAAGAAGCACCAGAAGAAGAGCAAGACCGGCAAGAAGACGAACUUUCGCUUCGAGUGGGACGACACCGACGACACCCUGCGGGCGGACGAUCCCCUCUACAACGGGCCCUCCCUCGGCCGCGGAGCGGUCCGUCCCGAUCGCUCCGGCCGAAGCAGCGGGGACCGGAACGCAAGGGGCGGACGCUCGGCCAUCGAGACCAAGCCGCGGGAAAGCAUGACCUCCCGCGACUGGAGGAUCUUCCGGGAAAACCACAACAUCGUCUGCAAGGGCGGCAGGGCGCCCCCCCCGCUGCGGAGCUUCCGCGACGGGGGCGUGCUCCACCCCUCCCUGGUCGAGGUCCUGUACGGGCCCAUGGGCUACCGGGACCCGACCCCCAUCCAGAUGCAGGCCAUUCCCAUCGGCCUGCAGMGGAGGGACCUCAUCGGGAUCGCCGAGACGGGGUCGGGAAAGACGGCGGCCUUUGGGAUCCCCCUGGUCCAGUAYCUCUUGCAGCUGCCGGGGGCCCUCACCUCCCGGGAGCGCGUGGCGGAGUUUGGCCCGCUGGCGAUGGUCCUGGCGCCGACCCGGGAGCUGGCCCUGCAGAUCGACGGCGAGUUCCGCAAGCUCCUGCAGUUCUCCUUUGGGAACGGCGGAAGCGGCCGGAGGGACCAGCGCGGAAGCAACCACAACAGCAACCACAACAGCAACCCCAUCGUCUGCUGCUCGAUCGUGGGGGGACAAAACAUGACGGCCCAGGCCCAGCGGCUCCGGGACGGCGUCCACGUGGUGGUGGGAACCCCCGGGCGGAUCAACGACUGCCUCGAGAUGGCCUACAUGGUUCUCAACCAGUGCCUCUACACGGUGUUGGACGAGGGCGACCAGAUGAUCAACAUGGGCUUUGCCCCGCAGGUCGAGUCGAUCCUCGACCACAUGGGCGGAUCGCUCAAGUCGGAGGACGAGAACGAGGCCUACCGGCAGGAGCUGGCCGACCUGGAGCGGCUCAAGACCCUGGCCGGGAAGGCGUCCCGGGCCUCGCAGGAGCUCCCAAAGCACCGGGUGACGGCCAUGUUCACGGCCACCAUGCCCCAGGAGGUCGAGCGCAUGGCCAAGCGGUACCUCCGCCACCCGGCGGUGGUCAGCAUCGGGGACCGCGAGACCCGGAACAACGCCCGGAUCGUCCAGAAGAUCGUCUUUUUGUCGAGCCCCUCCCAGAAGGAGGAGGCCCUCCGCAGGCUGGUCCUGGACCCCCGCUUCCUCCGCGAGAAGGUCAUUGUCUUUGUCAACGAGAAGAAGCACGCCGACGGGAUCGGCCGGGCCGUCGAGCGCUUCGGCCGCCGCUGCGUGGUCCUCCACGGGGGCAAGAACCAGGACGAGCGCGAGCACAACCUGGGCCUCUUCCGGCAGGGAGGGGUCGUCCUGGUGGCGACGGACGUGGCCGGCCGCGGCCUGGACAUCCCGGACGUUGCCCACGUCAUCAACUACGACCUGCCGACCCGGAGCAUCGAGACCUACACCCACCGGGUGGGCCGGACCGGYCGGGCCGGGAAGGAGGGCCUGGCGACCUCGCUGCUGACGGAGGAGGACCAGGGGAUCAUGGGCCCRCUGAGGACCUACCUGGAGAACACCGGGAGCGAGGUCCCGCAGCGGCUGGCGAGGCACCCGGCGGCCCAGUCGGGGGAGGCUUCCGGGGGGAACCUCAUCUACUGAUGCUUCCUCCUGCUCGUGUUGUGGGAAGGCCUGGUUUCGCAACCACCACCACCGGGCCUUGGAAGCGCAGAUUUGCGAGAUUCACGAGGCUAGUGUUUCCAAACAAUCCUACCKCAAAAACAUAGAUUCACUAGAUUAGCAAAGUUUCUUUUCCUACUCGAUGAGAAAACCAAAGAGCUAUGCUUUGCCGAAAAUCGUUCUUGCCGACCGUUGUAGAAUUACGUUUGUCAAGCAGAUGGAGGCCGUAAAGCAUGAUCUAAUCCUUAUACAAGGCCACCGACCGUGAUCCAGGCAGCGGASCCGGCCGCACGAUGUAUUUUUAGUUGU